AUGAUGGCAGAUCCGUUUGAAGUUCGCAUGCGCUUUACAGCGCAACUACAACAUCUCAAUGCAUCCAUUACAUCGUCGCAGAAAGCCGCGCAUUAUGCGCUCAAAUACCGCGACAUGGAUGAAGAUCUCCACUCUUGCAUUCUAGAGCAGCUUGAAAGAAAUAACAUGAACAACCGAGCCAACAUCCUAUACUUUAUUGAGCAAUUCUGCGAAAUGGCCACUAAAGAGGACCACCUCCCCUACGUCCACAUGAUUCAACGAGAUAUCCUCCGAGUCGUUGAUUGCGUAGCGCCAGCGGAUGGCUCUGGUGCCGCCAAUGUAAAGCACGUGCGCCGAGUUCUUAACGGUCUCCAAGCCAAAGAAGUGCUCUCCGCCGAAACGGUAGCAGAAAUUCACGCAGGCUUGAAGGAUCGAGAAACACACCCAGCACAUCUUGAUCUAGAAGCUGAAGAGGAAGAAGAACCUGGUUCAAAGUCGAAGACAGGGACACCUCGCGGUAUGAAGGCGAAUGGCAUCCGGGUAGACAAGAGGCAGAUUGAGCAGCGAAUUGAGGAGGAUCGUGAGCGCAAUAAAAGGUUACGAGAAAGUAUGUGGACUGUUCGAGGGGAUGAUAGCGACGAGCACAGGAAGUUCUGGGACGAAACCAGCGACAUCGGCGAAGAUGACUUUACGACUGCACAUGAAGAGCUGAUGGAGCGGAAUGAGAUGAUCAACGCUGUUUAA